CUCUAAAAGAAUUAAGUAUCCCCUUCAGGAGAGAAAAUGAGGAUUUCCUCUCCUGAGGAAAAUAGUGGCUCCUUCUGAAAUCCCUUUUUCUUCCAUUUCUCCUUACACAAAACUCCUAAAUCAGAAACAAUUACUUCUCCUCAUCACUUUCAUUUCCAUUCCCCAUCUCAGACAAAGUGUAUUUUUUUUCUUCUUUGAGUGAGAUAGUCUUCCUUUUCACAACAUCAACAUCUGAAAUUCAGGCUCAUCAAAUGCUAGAAGCCCCAUAGGGACUCUCUCUCUCCUCUUGUAAUUUUUCUCUCUAUCUUGGGUGAGAGAGUAGAAGUAGAAAUAGUAAGAGCUCUAGAAUAGGUAGCUAGAACACUCCAUCAAUUCAACACCAUUUCCUUACAAAAUCAAACCCUAAAAUUAAUCUCCAACAACAUCAUCCCAAAACCCCAAAAAAAAAGAGUUGCAGAAAACCCCAAAUCAACAUUAAAUCCCAUUCAUGGAUUCAAUCCAAGAAAUAGAAAUCUCCAACUCUGAAAACACUAACACCACCAUCAGCUCGUCAGCUGCAACAUUAUCACCACCUUCCACCACCACCGCCAGCAGCAGCAGCAGCACCCCUAGCCGCUACGAAAACCAGAAGCGCCGCGACUGGAACACCUUCCAGCAGUACCUCAAGAACCACCGGCCGCCGCUCUCUCUCCCCCGGUGCAGCGGUGCCCACGUGCUCGAAUUCCUCCGGUACCUGGACCAAUUCGGCAAGACCAAAGUCCACACCCCAAUCUGUCCCUUUUUUGGUAACCCUAACCCUCCUGCCCCGUGUCCGUGCCCGCUCCGCCAAGCUUGGGGCAGCCUCGACGCCCUCAUCGGCCGCCUCAGAGCCGCCUACGAAGAGAACGGAGGCAUGCCGGAGACCAACCCCUUCGGAGCUCGAGCUGUCAGACUCUACCUCCGCGACGUCCGUGACUUGCAGUCGAAGGCGAGAGGGGUCAGCUAUGACAAGAAGAAGAGGAAGAGGCCACCACAACACUUGCCUCAAGCACUGCCACCACCAGGUGCAACUUGAACAUCAUAUGAGGCCUCUAUAUAUCUAUAUAUAUAUCUAUCUCUCUCUCUCUAUCUGUCUAGUGUAAUUGCUUAAUUUAGAUAAAUGGGUACAACUUGUUUUAUUUAAUGUCUGAUCAGUGUUUUUAUUUUUGUUUUGUUA